GCGGUCAGCGGCACUGUUGUCGCUCGCGCUGUUGGUGAGCGACGACGUGUAGGAGGAGGAGGCGGCGGUGGUGCUGUCGGAGGUGGUGGUGGGUUGUGACAGUGUGGUCGCGCCCGCGGUGAGGCUAUUUCGGAAAUAGCGCAGCGCUCGCCGCCGAGGCAGCGAGAGAGAGAGAGAGCGAGAGAGAGAGAGAGAGAGAGGGAGAUAGAAAGAGAGGGAGAUAGAGAGGGAGAGAGAGUGGGAGUCCUCUGAGUCAGGGCGCGCGUCGUCAGUCUGUCGACGGUUCGCGCGGCUGCAAGGCGGUCUCGUCCGCCGCGACGCGAUACGGGGGUACUAUCGCUCGCCUUCGUCCGGGCGAACGUGACGCGAUAAACUAUUCCCAGCGACCGGCCGGCCCGUCCGCGGCGCGCGAUACGGCCGGCUGUGUGCGGUGAUCGGCGAAGGGGGCGAGCGAUCGACGCCGCCGCCGUGUCUUCACGAAUGCCUGACAGGACUGCGCGCGAGGCGGCUCCACCGCGAUGUCGCAUCGGCCUCCGCGCUGCUGCCUGCUCCGCCUCUGCUGCUGCGGCUGGCGCCGGUGGAGGCUGCCGGUCAGUGAGCGCCGCGAGGCCGGCGUCGCAGAAGAAGGACGCAGAGGACGAAGAGGAGGGACGGGGCUGCCGGCGGCCACGGGCGUCGCCGACGCCGCUUGCGCGCUGCUGCUCUUCCUUCUCGUCGCCGUCGUCCAGUCCGCUACUUCGGACGAUGUGCAGGACUUCCAGAAGAUCCUGCCGGCGGAGGUGGUGUGGGCGGUGAGUGGAGAAGACGCAGAGCUGCCCUGCAACAUCACUCCUCCGUAUCCAGAUGACCGCGUCAACAUGGUACUCUGGUUCAAGGAUUCGUCCGUCCCUCUUUAUAGCCUCGACGCCCGUGGGUCUAGCCUGGAGGAGGCGGUGCACUCGGCCACCACGGACGACCUGGGGGCGCGGGCCAACUUCCAGGCGUUGUCCAGGCUGCCCGGUCGGCGGGCGGUGCUGCGCGUGCAGAACGUCAGUGUGGCGGACGAGGGCGUCUUCCGCUGCCGCAUCGACUUCCGGAACUCGCCCACCGUCAACUUCCGGAUCAACCUCACCAUCGUCGUGCCACCUUCGCCGCCUGCCAUCUUCGACUCCAACGACCGAGAAGUGAGUGCCAUUGCAGGGCCAUUUCUCGAGGGUUACGAUCUCUUCCUUGCCUGCAAGGUCCGUGGAGGCCGGCCCAGGCCAGAGGUGACGUGGUGGCAGGGCGGGCUACUACGCGACGCCUCCAUCGACCUGGUGACGGACGCGGUGACCGUCAACCGGUGGUUCGUGUCGAGUGUUCCUCGCUCGCUGUGGAACAGCUACGUCGAGUGCCGCGCCGCCUCCUCCAGCCUCAUGCGGCCUCUCGUCAAGAGGGUCCACCUCGACGUCUACCUGAAGCCGCAACGAGUCCGUCUGACGUCCCAAGAGAUGCUGCUGUCCGCCGGCAAGCCGUACACCAUGCAGUGCGAGACCUGGGGGUCGGUGCCGCCAGCCAGGGUCACGUGGAUGCUGGACGGCGAGCAGCUGCGCAGCCCCCAGAUGCAGGUGGAACACCUGGGGAAUGUGACUGUGAGCCGGCUGGUGCUGCGGCCCCGGGUUCACGACCAGCAGAAGGAGCUGGCUUGCCGCGUGGAGAACCCAUACUUCCCGGGUGGGAUACUGGAGGACCGCCGACGCCUCUUCAUUGCCUACGCGCCAGCUGUCUCGGUGAGGCUGGACUCCGACACGGGGCAGACGAUUUUCAAAGAGGGGGACAACGUGAGGCUGACGUGCGAGGUGAACUCAAACCCGCAGCCGGACACCGUCAGCUGGUUCCACGAGGACCGCCUGCUGCGCAACGACAGUUCGUUCAGCGUGGUGACGUCGCUGAGGACGCUGCUGCUGCUGGGGGUGACGCGCGCCUCCAACGGCGACUACUCGUGCGCCGCCGCCAACUCGGAGGGGGAGACGCGAAGCGCGCCGCUCAGGCUCAGGGUCCAGUGUGAGUAG